UUUUUACUACGCUGACCAGACCAGAAUAACAGCAGGCUUUAGGAACGCGUCUUCGAAAACAAAACUGUCUGAUCAUCAAAAUAUCAAGAGACGCCAAAAUGGACAGGAAUUUAGUUCUUCUUGCCUUUUUAAUUCUUUCUUUUCUAACCCCAAUGCAAACCCAAAGCAGUUGGCUAAAGGAAAGCUUUCCAAAUCCUCUUAAGGAUACGAAAAAGUGUGGACGCGGCGGAGUAAUGUCUUGGAUUUGCGACCCAGACCAAGUCAUUCCUUACAAAGAAGCGAAUAUUUUGGAAGAGAUGUUGCAAUUCGUAGGAACGAAAACGAAAUCUGGCUGCUCGAUCGAUCCCCAACGGCCUGGAUUUCAAAUAGGGGUAGCAGUGAUGAAUAAAAUGGCGGUGCCAUCAGAGAUGAGUAAAGAGGAGGUUGCCCAAGAUUUUGCACGCCAUCUUCAUAAUGAAUGGGGUGUUGGAAGUGCAGGAUGCGAUGACGGGGUGCUUUUGCUUCUGUCAAUAAAAGACAGACAGAUUUACGUAUCCACUGGAAGAACAGCUAAAGAAAGGCUCACAGAUGAUCAAAUUGACAUUAUCAUCGACGAAAUGAAACCUAUACUUGUCAAUAAACAGUACGGUAAAGCUUUGCAAUUGGCAGCUGAUCGAAUGCACCAAGUUUUCGAUGGUAAAAUACUCAGAAGCAAGAAUUAUUUUGCUAUCAUUUGUAUUUUGGGGUUUCUUGCAUUUUUUCUGGGCAUCCUCAUAUACAAAAUCUAUCAAAGUAAACAAUAUGAGAGCUGUCAAGAAAAACUGAAUAGAAUUGAGAGGGAACGAAACGCUGCUAAAGAGAGUAAGAAGUAUGUAUCUGCAUCAUGCCCUAUUUGCCUUGAAGAUUUUACGCCUGAAAUGCGCACUCGACUACUUCUUUGUGGACACAAGUACUGUGAACCUUGCCUAAAGAGAUGGCUUGAGACAAACUCAACGUGUCCAAUUUGUCGCCAGUCGACGAACAGGAGGGAGAACGAAAAUAAAGAUGAGGACUCAGCAUCAUCUGGUACUCUGGAUUUCUUCCCCGAGCUUACAUUCCGUCUUCUGAAUCUCCAGAGACAGUAUCCAACAUUUAUCACAGAAGACUUGAUCCAUCAUUGGACGUCACAACAAUUUCAAGGAAGCUUUGUGGACGACUCCUUGUUUACAGUGAUGAGGCCAAUUGCGUCGUCCAGUGGUACAACUGGUAGUUUUGGUAGUACAGGUGGAUUCGGAGGUGGAUUUGGAGGUGGAUUUGGAGGUGGAGGGAGUACCAGUGGAGGAGGAAAGGGAGGAAGCUGGUAAAGCUCUGGUACCAGUAGUUCUGUUCGGUCACGAUAUUGGUAUUCGCAAAAGRAGAAAGCAAAAUCUUGUCAAAAAUAACAAUUUUAUUCCCUUGAGUGAUUUAAUUUACUGGAUAACACUAGACAAAGCACCAUGUCUUAGACCUGCUGAGCUGGCAGAAACCUAAAACAGUUCAAAUUUAAUUUAUUGUUAAGUUAUGAAUCAUAAUUAAUUGAGAAACACUCAAUAGAAAAAACAACAAUUGUCAUCACAUAUCACCAUGGCAAAGUACAGCAGUGGCGCAGCUCAACGGUUCGAACUGAAACCACCUUAUUGAAAUAGAAAUUUUCACCUUGGAAGAGUUUGUAAAGUAAUAUUAUUAAUGCCUGAUCUGUUUGGGCUUUACAAAAGGCUUGCUUCUGGCUUAUCCUUAACUUGUAAACGUCCAUAAUGAACGAGACACUAAUAUUAAGAAUAUUACCAGAUGUAGGAUUUAUUUCUAUCCUAACGAACUUUAGACCAGUAAAUAACUUUAGUAAAUAAUUUUUCCCAUUUACUUUUCCAUUUGUUUUGCAAUUUGUUUCGUAGUUUAACAAUCUGUUUUCUCAUGUGCAUUCUUGGAUGAUGUAUAUGUCAGGAGACUGGACCACAAUCAGAGAUAGAAAAUACUGCCAGCUUGUGCAGCCAAUCAGAACACAUGAUUUUUAGGAUACCAGACCAGAAAAAUAUAUUAAAUAGCCUUACUCACCUACUGGUGGAGAGAGCUUUAAGUUAAGUUUAAGUAAAGUAGUACUAAAGACAGAAAAGCUGUCAUGUCUUUUAAUGGUAAUUAAUUAUAAAAAAGAAGGUUAUUGUUCAUAAUAAAUGUAUGUUACAGUAA